UUCUCUCCCCAUCGGUCUCAUGAAGUCAUUGCAGCCACUCAGUGCCGACUGAAGCUGAAGGAGCGCUGUGGGCUCCACAGUUCAGGUUCACAGGAUCUCUGGAGACGCGGAGACUCCUCGGCACAGUCCGCUCAGGUUGGUAACUGCAGCAGCCCCGCUACAGUCUGCUCCAAUAAGCCCGCAUGGAGAUACCACCAACCCCGACACCAUGCACCUCUGAAAGCUUCAACACACCGUCUUUUGUCUAGUCUGAAGGGGGAGGAAAAGUCUACAAGACCACUUUCCUUGCUCCGCUGAGGUGGACCGAGCGUCCAAGGAUUUUUUCCUCCUCUUCUUUUCUGAAAGCCAGUGUUCUCUGUCUCCUUCCGCCUCUCGCAGUCCGCUGCUCGAUUUGUUGACUUUUUUUCCCCUUGGAAAGAAAGCGCUGCUGUUUCCCCGGCUGUUUCUACCUGCUCGCCCAGCACCCAUGAAUUCAGAUAAAAAUGUGUACCUCGGCAGAGACAAAGGCAUCAUGCGGAAGAGAGCCUUGCUCCUUCGGAAAGGUUGCAGCUUCGAGAUUACCAGCUCUGCCUCGGAGGAUUUGGGCUGCAGGCGUGGAGACUUCAGCAGGAAACACUAUGGUUCGGUCGAACUGCUAAUUUCCAGUGACGCAGAUGGGGCCAUUCAGAGGGCAGGACGCUUCAGGGUCGAGAAUGGCUCGUCAGAUGAGACUUCAGACUACACUCCAGGAACCUGGAGGAGAACCGAUGUCCAUCUGGAGAAUCCAGAGUACCACACCAGAUGGUUCUUUAAAUACUUCCUGGGAAAAGUACACCAGAACUAUGUGGGUACAGAUGCAGAGAAGAAUCCCUUCUACCUGUCAGUCGUCCUCUCAGACCAGAACAACCAGCGGGUUCCUCAGUACAGAGCCAUCCUCUGGAGAAAGGCGGGCACUCUGAAGAUCAGCCUCCCCUACAGCCCGACCAAAACACUAUCAGUCAAGUCCAUCUUAAGUGCAAUGAACAUGGACAGGUUUGAGAAAGGCCCCAGGGAGAUCCUCAACCCUGAGAUUCAGAAGGAUCUGCUGGUGUUGGAGGAACAGGAGGGUUCUGUCAACUUUAAAUUUGGCGUCCUGUAUGCCAAAGAUGGACAGCUCACAGAUGAUGAGAUGUUUAGCAAUGAGACUGGGAGUGAGAGCUUCGACAAGUUUCUCAGUCUGCUGGGUGAUUCCAUUACACUGCAGGGAUGGGCAGGUUACCGCGGAGGGCUUGAUACCAAGAAUGACACUACAGGAAUUAAGUCCAUCUACACAGUGUAUCAGGGCCAUGAGCUCAUGUUCCAUGUGUCCACCAUGUUACCCUACUCUAAAGAGAACAAACAGCAGGUGGAGAGAAAGAGACACAUUGGAAAUGACAUUGUUACCAUAGUUUUCCAGGAAGGGGAUGACGCAUCAUCGUCCUUCAAACCGUCUAUGAUCCGAUCGCACUUCACCCAUAUUUUUGCAUUAGUUAGGUAUAAUAGCCAGAAUGACAGUUACAGGUUGAAGAUAUUCUCAGAGGAGAGUGUUCCACUGUUUGGACCCCCUCUCCCAUCUCCACCUGUAUUUACUGAUCAUCAAGAAUUCAGGGACUUUUUAUUAGUCAAAUUAAUCAAUGGAGAGAAAGCCACACUGGAGACGCCAACGUUUGCCCAGAAGCGUCAGCGGACACUUGACAUGUUGAUCCGCUCGCUCUACCAAGACCUCAUGCCUGACCUGUACAAGGUUCCUUUUUCUCCCCAGAACAUGUUAAACCGGCGGUCAUUCAGCGACGUGCUGCCUGAGUCUCCAAAGUCGGCACGCAAAAAGGAGGAGGCACGGCAGGCCGAAUUUGUCAGAAUAGGUCAGGCUCUGAAGCUGAAGACUAUUGUGAGAGGAGAUGCCCCAACUAGCCUUGUUACCACAGGCCUGUGCAGAAAAGAGCCAUGGGAGUCCCAAUCGUUCUGCAGCACAUUCCCCUAUGAGAUAGUGUGUGCUGACUCAUGGGGUCAGUCUCUGCUGGUUGCCACCGAUGCAGCGGGGGUCAUGCUGCUGGAUGGCCCUGAUCCAGCUUUGCCCAACGCUGAGACGCAGGCUCUGCCCCCAGUGCAGGUGUUUGACAAAACCAUGGUGGUGAAGCAGAUGCACGUUCUCGAGCCUCAGGAUCUGCUUAUCACCAGGGCUGACAAAGGGAAGGACGCUCGGCUCUAUGUGUUCAGACUCGGCACGCUCAAGAGAGGCCUGGAGGAGAAGCAGCUCGCCAGAAGCAAGUGUGACAGCCGGGAGAAUAAACUGGAGAAAACUAAAGGCUGUCAUUUGUACUCUAUCAACACCCACCACGGCUCAGAGCUGAGGAUAGUAGCAGCCAUCAGGAACAAACUCCUCCUCAUCACCAGGAAACAUCCACGUUUCGAAGGUUUCAGCGCUGUCGCCACAGGGCCAGACUCACCAGUGGAGGAGUUUCAGUACAUACGGGAGAUCUGUCUGUGUGACCCGCCGGUGGUGAUGGCGCUGGUGGACGGACCGACGGGGGAAAAUGACAAUAUGAUCUGUGUUGCCUACAAACAUCAGUUUGACCUGAUCAAUGAGAGCACUGGAGAUGCCUACCGGCUACAUCAUGUAGACGCCAACAGGGUAAAUUUUGUAGCAGCCAUUGAUGUGUAUGAAGACGGGGAGGCGGGUCUGCUGUUGUGUUACAACUAUAUUUGUUACUAUAAGAAAGUUUGUCCGUUUAACGGCUCCACACCGAUGAUCCAGUCCAACACCUCCGAUUUCCACUUCAGCUGGAACCAGAUGCCCAAUGCUAUUGUUUGUGCAUUUCCUUACAUCCUGGCUUUCACAACGGACUCCAUUGAAAUCCGACUGGUGGUCAAUGGCAACCUUGUGUACACAGCAGUGGUCCCAGAGCUACAGUUGGCUGCUUCACGGUCGGACAUCUAUUUUGUUUCGUCUGCUCCAGUGAGCUCAGCCUCCAACUGCAGUUCAAGAGACACGAGUUCCCAGAGUUCCCCGCAGACACCCACCGGCUACGAGAUGCCUGUUUUCCCUUCGCCGCUCGGUGAUGAUUCUAUACGGAUCCCCUAUGGUACCAAGCUAUCCCUGUACAUGUCUAAGGAUGCCGAAGGUGAAUUAGCAUGUAAGCACAUGUUCAAGAUCCCUCUGUGUAACUUGGUGGGCCGCAGCAUUGAAAGACCCCUCAAGUCCCCUCUGGUCAACAAGGUGCUGACGACGCCGGCCCCCGCCAUGGUGCCCCCAACUCCCCUCAUCUCCGCCACACACUCGCUUUCCCUGUCCCGCAUGGAGAUCAAAGAGAUAGCCAGCCGCACACGGAAGGAGCUGCUCGGCUUGACAGAGGAACCAAGUGGGAAGUCAGACAGUGGAACAGUCAAACAGAGGAAGAUGAGCAAGAAGAACACUGAGGAAGAUCCCAAAGCACGGGCACUGACUUCAACAAACAGUGACAGGUUAGCCUCAGAGUCUGUUGAAACAGACCUGGACGUCCAGCUGCAUUGUUCGUCCAGUUCGGAGGCCGAGCCAGAGAAGGUGGUGCUGCGAGCUGAGAGCCCGCCUCUCGCCAGCGCGUUCGCCCUCUCCACAUCCUUCGAAGAAGAUGUCCUGGACCUAAAGUGAAGACAAUCCCAUCGUGCACUUCUCUGCUCACCCACUCCUGUACUGUCACCAUUAUUUUAUUGUUUUGGUUGGUUUGCUUUUAAUUUGUUGUUUGUUGAAUUCUUUUUUUUUCUUGUCUUUUUUCUUUGUUUAUAUCCCUGUAUCUUGGGUCUCCCCAUUCAUCAGACAAGAUGGGUGCAGUGGGAGUUAGAAGAUGUGUCUGUGUGCGUGUUUGUUUUCACGAGCAGUCCCUCAGCCACUGUGUGUUGGGUGUUUGUGUUGCCCCGCAGCAAGUAACCCAAAGAGGCGAUGAGGUUGUGUAAGAUGCCGUGGUUUAUUCAGUAGAGUUCUGCAACAGCCUUGAGAUAAUGUUAACGGUUUGAUCCCAAACCACAAACUGAAUGUAAAUCUGCGCACCGAGGCACGACAAAAGGCACGUUCACAAUGUCCUCUGAAGUUGGUAGAGCUUAAUAUGUGUUGUAUAUUAUGUGAUUAUUUCCAAUCCACUUUGAAUUGUUGUAUGAUAUGCAUAUGUAUGUGUACAUCUGUUUAUACAUGAAAAUGCAUACACAGUGACAGGUGUGUAUGCCUGUAAUGCCUGUGAUGCAUAUUUAUAGAUAUAUUAUAAAAAUCCAUUUUAUUCCCAUAUUUAGUAAAAGUACGAUGUUUUAUGCUCUCUGCACAUAUUAGUCCUUAUUCCUCUCCUUAUUCACAGUAUACAAGUAGACAGGGCUGGAGGCAAAGUCUCCCACAAGUGCCAUUUCCCAGCAUCCUCCACUGAACUACACCUCUAACAGCCACCGUAUUCCGGUGUCUGACAGUAGCAACCAUGAUUGUAGUCCACAUUAGAUUACAAUGGUGACUCACAACUCCAUACAGUUUGGAUAAAUUUGCUUACUGGAGGCACUCUCUCAAAACCACAUGCACUCAACAUUUUACCCUAUAAGAAUGAGCCGACCUUAAAUCUGCAUGACCUGCCUUUGCUACAAGUAUUGUGUCUUCUGCGCCAAAAUAUUGCUUCUUUGGAAACCAUGAGGUCUAUGACAUCAUACCAAACAUAGCAGCAUAAAGCAAACCACAACCUGAGACGAGAGACAGAAUGAGGAUGUUAAAAGGACAAAAGCCUUUUUUUACUAGACUGUCAGGUGUGAUGGCCCAUGGUACGAUGGUAAGCAAGGGAAUUAUAGACAAAACCACACAUUUUAGAUAAAAACUUAAGUUAAAAUACAGUAUAUUGUCAUAAACUUAAAAGAUAAAAGCUGAUUUUUUUUUUCAAAAAAUAAAAAUGAGCUAAAACUAUCUUGAAUACUAACUACACUAAAAUAAAAUUAAGUGUGAAAUAUUUUUAGUUUUUGUCUUUUUCUCUAUGUGGAAGGUGCAGAAAGGUAAAUAAUUUUGAAGUGGUCCCGUUAAUGUAGAAUAUUUUUAAACAAAAUGUAUUGUUUAUAGUGCACAGUAACCCAUUUAAAAUACACACAGAAAACAUACUCUGAAUUUAAAUAGUUGUACCUUUAGGAAAUUGUUGCCCUAACCCAACUAAAAUUAACACCAAGAGUAAACUAAAACGAAAGUAAAAACAAAAAUAACUGAAAACUAACUAAGACUGAAAAGCAUAAAAAAUGGGAAACAAUAUAAAAUAAAUAAUCCUGGUCUUCAGAGCCUCCAAGCCCUGCUGGUUUUCAUUCCUGAUUUCCAGUAAAAGAUUUACAGCUGGGACAACUAGUGCAGGGGUGCAGCUAUGAAUUAUGGGCCAAUUCACCGGACACCGGUGACACUCCAAUUUUCUUUUUUUCCCAUACCAUCAUGUGUCCAUUGAAAAACAGCUAUACACGUCUUGAUAGUCAACACACCUGCACACAGUUUGAUUUAUGGAUCAGUUAUCAGACACGUCCUUAACUAAACUUACAGGUUUUUGGUCAGACCCUGACAGCAGUUAUUGGUAGUCAUAACUGGACUUUAACAGGUUGUCCUUCAUUCAAAAUCUGUCUAGGGAGGACAACAUUUAGACUGAACAAGGACCAUUUUAUUCCUGCUUGUUGCAGUUUGUCCCUGCCAUCCUGACUUUCUUUAUCAUGUAAAUUUGAACCCAUUGCUGUUUCAAACUCAACUCAAACUAAUAGUGCACUUCCAUAAAGUUGGACAAGUCAGAAGAGACAGAUUGAAAUAUUAAAAUAUCAAAUAUAAUAUUAAAAUAUUUAGAGUUUUUGUCUCUAGUAUGGGUCAAACUCCAAAAAUGAUGGAUCUUACAUUUCCCAUAAUGCAGCUCAAUAGCAUCUUUAAUUAGACUUCUAAAUGUCCACUUCUUUCAAACCGCACACCUCCAGUUUGUAAGGCAGGCAUUCAUGUCAUAUUGGAGUUAUCAUAACUAUGAAUUUCCGACUUAUAAAUAGCGUGCAUUUCACUUUCCAAGUUGUACUUACAACUGGGAAAUGUUUCUGAAAACUCCAAUAUAUCUGAGUUGGCACUUACUGAAAACCAAACAAACUUGAAUGCCUCAUAUCAGUCAAAAAACGUCAUUCAAUGUAACUUAACCCAAAUUUUAUGGAUAUGGUGUGAUAUUGUCACUGUGACAUGACCAACUUUAUGAUGUGAACAAGUCGUAAACAUGGGAAUAUUUCCCAUCUCUAGCAUCUCAGGCUGAGUUGUACUCAGUAGUAUUCUUCCUUGUUUUUUGGCACCUAACUACUUCAACACUGUUCAACGUAGAAACUUCAUUCAAACUUCAAAAGGUUCAGCUCACUGAGGACAUUAUCGGCCAUACUUUCCAAAAUUGUUUACAUUUUUCGGGAAUGUUUCCCAUCCAAAUGAACGGACGGAAUUUUCAGAGUUAGAGUGGGUGACAUCACACUCAGAGUGGGGUAAGCUGUUAAAAUUUCUCCUCAACUUCCCCUUACUCCCACAAUUUUCACUCUUCAUACACAUUUUUUUCAUCAAAACGUAGAUUAAUUCGUCCUCUUUCAAAUAAUGUAAUAACUGUCCAAGCAAACGGAUGUACACAUUUUGCGCUAUGAGCCUGAAAAUGACAGGAGUGCCAACUGCCCCACUGACUCACUGAGAUGUCAGAUGAGACCAGAAACGCAUUCAGAAAAAAUCUAGGUGAUAGGAAUUACGCUCUGAGUAAUAAGCUAGAGCCUCUCAGCUUAAUCACUAUUAAAUAAACUGUCUGACCCAGGAGUCACUCAGCAGUUGCCAUCACCAUGGCAACCAUUCAUUUUGGGUGGGGACACACAGCUGAUUGGCUGAUUAGUCCGCUGUUCCGAUCUCUGUGGUGUCACAGAUAAACACGUGUUAUUUACAUUUUAACAUUUUUAACUGCUAUUUCAAUUAAUUUCAUUGCUUCCUGCCUUUCAUGUCAAUCUCUAGUAAGUGACCGGUCUGACCCAGGAGUCCCUCGCCAGUUAACUGCAGUUGGUGGUUUUUUAACUGACGUGUAACACGCACACACACACACACACACACACACACACACACAUACACAAAACAAGUCAUGGCCUUUUAAAAGAAGGAACUAACUAACUACAAGUUCACACAUAUGUCCACAAACACUAUGAAAGAAACAUGCAUGCAUACAUGUUUAAAUGCAUAAAAAAACAAUUGACUGACAUUUCUGUGAAACGGCUGCCACAUACUGUAUCUCACAGAAGGCUUUAAGGCAGCGCAACACAGGUUUUAGUGAUAACAGUAACACAUGCUCCUUCAUAUAAAGUUAAGCCAGCAAUGGAGUUUAGCUCCCAGCUACACAUGAAGCAAUACAGCUCAAUCCCACUGCACUUUCUUCAGAAAUUGCACUCAAGUAUAAAUAUACUUUUUCUUUAUACUGAGCACUGAGGAAGUUAAAUCAGUCCUGUGUCAGUGUGAACGCUGAAUCUAACAUGAAACAGGGAAAAUGUUCUGAGUAAUGUACAUUAGACAGUCAGUUAAACCAAAGGAGAAAGCUUUAAGGAUCCACUGAUAGGUAGGACAACAAACUGGGAGCUGUGGUUCUGACUAUGCUAAUGUAGGUAUGAGAGCGCCUCUAUGUGGUGGUUUCACAACAUAGCAGCCUUCAGAUCUUGCAUGAGCCUCCUCCUCCUUUCCCUUCACGCCUUUCUUCUGUUCUCCUCCUGCCUGUCUCAGUGUGAACCCCUCCAACACUAUAACACAACUCUGAAAAACUAAAAAGGCUAGAAGAAGGAGAACGGGAUGGGGGGGAUUUUUACAAAGGUACUCUACUUUAAUGUUUAUUACUCUGAAUGAGUGUGGGUGACAGGGGAAGCCUGGCAGUUACAGUUUGUAACACUGCUUCUCCCACUUAUGAUGUUCCUAUUUUUCCUGUAUUUGUGUCGAGUGCUCUUUGUUCCUACCUCCCCUUGGCAUUUUCACAGUUUUUUGUUUUGUUUUGUUUUUUGUAUUUGAAUCUAUAUUUACUGUUUAGACUGUUGCUGAACCUCUCUGUGAUAUCAAAAUUAAAGAAAAUUAACAAAAAAAACACCAAGUGUCUUAACAUAUUGUAUCGCCAUUGUUUUUAAUGCCAAGUACUACUUGUAAAUGUUUGUGUAUCAAAUGUGGCCUCAAAUGAAACUGAACUAUAAUUAAUUAUUAUUAUUAAUAUUAUUAUUAAUAUUAUUUGAGCAAUUAUUUUAAACAAGUGCUGUAGACCACUGCUGUGAAAGUAGUUGAUUCUGUUCAUUGAUAUGUAAUAAAUAUUUAUGAAAUUUGAA